AUGUCGUUUACUUUCCAAGUACAGAAGAUCAACCAGUCGUUCGAUCAAAUCGCAGCAUGGUAUCAUGAGUUUAUGCGCAGAACAGAAUUGUGCUUUCGGAAGCUGCACGAACGCAUCCUUCUGCUGGAGCAAAAACAAGCCGUACAGGGCCCCACAGAUGAGCAAGUUGAGCGCGUAUUACGCAAGAUUCUGGAUGAGAGGUUCUCGGACCUAGGCUCGCAUCAUGGGAGGAAGCUCGGUGCUGUACAAGACCGCAGUUGGUUCGUUAGAGAUCCAAACGACCUCCCCUAUCCCAGAUCGAUCAAAAUGGACAUCGCUUCACUCAUCAUCCCUCCGGAUGCCGUUCCCUCGAAAGCCUACUCAGAAACCUUUCGCAUGCUGGAGCAUGGACUAAGAGGCUUUCCUCGCGACCACUUGCUUGACUCAGAUGACGACGAAGACUGCAAGAUGAAAGUCGGCAUAAAAGACAGCCGUUCUUCUCACAGUGUCUGA